AUGACGAACAUCAACCAUCGUCCUCUCCUCUUUUUCUUGUUCCUCUUCGGCAGCGUUGGAAGUCAAUCGACCAUCCCCGGCAGGUUUUACCCGAUAGAGGUCGUCAAUGACCCCCACAUCCAGGAGAUCGGUGAGUUCGCCGUGUCGGAGAACAACAAGCAAUCGGGAGUACAGCUGGUAUUCAUCCGCGUCAUUAGCGGGGAGAAACAGGUCGUCGCGGGGAUCAACUUCAGGCUCGUCGUCGAAGCCAAGGAGGGCGAGGCAGUGCACCAGUACGAGACUUUAGUGUACGAGCAAGUCUGGACCGGCUACAGGCAGCUCACUUCCUUCACGUUCAAGGCUUGA